AUGGGUGAUUUGUAUCUCACAGUUUGCCCAAACUGGUGCUUUACCACCAAUCUAAGUUGUCAUUAUAAUGGUAGGAUUAUUCUUGCCUGGGACCCUGAUGUGUUAAAAAUGGAUAUCAUCCAUAUGGGAAGUCAGUUGAUCCACACAUACAUCACUUAUGCAUGGUUGAUUAUGGGAGAUUUCAAUUCCAUCAUGGAAAUGGAGGACAGAAUUGGCUCACCUGUGAGGUUGGCUGAUAUCAAACCAAUGAGGAACUGCAUGGCCACUUGCAAACUCUCACAAGUCAAGACAGUUGGAAGGCAUUUCACUUGGAAUAACAAGCAGGAAGGGGAGGCUAGGGUUUUCUCCAGAAUAGAUAGAGUGUUGUCCAAUACUGCUUGGGAUGACAUGUUUGCUACUGCUGAAGCAAUGUAUCUGCCAGAAGGGACCUAUGAUCAUUGCCCUAUGAUAUUGAAUACCUUCACUACCAAUCAGUCAAAGAAACCCUUCAGGUUUUAUAACAUGUGGACUUCAUCUCCUGACUUUCUUCCACUGGUGGAAAGACACUGGCACAGGUUUGUCUAUGGAUGCCACAUGUUUAGAAUCACUCAGAAACUCAAAUGGAUCAAACAGGAUCUAAGGGUCCUGAAUAAAUCUGGUUAUAGUAAUCUUGAAGCAACCAAAACUCAACUGCAACACCAACUUGCUGCUAUUCAAAACAAGCUCCAUAAUGACCCUACCAAUUUCACUCUAGCAACAGAAGAAAAAACAAUUGCUGCUGCAUACAGAACUGCAAAUGAGAACCAUCUUUCUUUCCUUCACCAAAUUUCUAAAGCUCACUAG